GUAAACUGUAAGUUGUAUAAAGCAAUCAGAAUUUUAUUUUGACAACAUAACAAAGCUUUUAUUUUGGAAGGACGCACCUACAUUGAACGGAAACUGCGAAGUGGCUAAUGCUAAUGCUAAGUGCAAAACAUGAACUCAAGUACGGGCAUGGAUCCUUCUUAAAACAGUUAUUUUGUUUGAUUCAUAAUUAUGUUAUUUGCAUUUUAUCUAGCUUAGUUGUGAACUGAGCGCUGGUGAGAACGAUCAUCAUUUGGUUUUGCCCUGCUCUGCCCCCUCCUUCUCCUGGUGUAGGUGAACCUGGCAGUGCGCCCUAUUUGUAAAUGAAGAUGUCAUUGGCCCAGCGUGUUCUCCUUUCCUGGAUCUUUGCUCUCAUGUUCCUCAUCUUGUUGGUCCUAAAACUGGACUCAAAAAUCCAGUGGAAUUGGUUUCUGAUCUUCCUCCCCGUGUGGACGUUUGACACUGUCCUCAUCCUCAUGCUGGUAGUGAAGAUGGCAGGGAGGUGCAAGGCGGACUUUGAGCCACGGGAGGGCGAGCAGAGCCUGGUGCGGAGGUUGUGGUACCUGAUGGCUCUGCUAUUGAAGCUGACCUUUUGUCUGUUCCUGUGCUGCAGAUUGGACAGGGUGACGGACAUGUGGGUCAGUGUGGUGUGUGUACCGCUCUGGGUGCUGCUGGGAGGGGCACUGGUUGAGCUAGGACACAGUGUUUUUCACUUCAGGAGAGACUGAACAAGGUUUAUUAAAACUGUCCCGCUUGCCUUACUAUAGAAAAUGAUGAGACUUGAAGUUACAAGCAUCUUAAACUGAGAAGACAUAUCCUACAAUAUGUUGGUGUCUAUCACAUAAUACAUAAUGCUAGUGAUAGUUAUAGGAAUCUUCAAGCUUUUAAGAACAAUCGGACAGUGGUGGAGUCAUGCUACUUAAGUGUAAAAGGUUUUCAUAGGCACAUAUUUCAGUUAUAUUAGGUUAACAACAGCUAGAAGUGUCAUCUUUGCAGGUGGAAGCUACUGGCAGUGGAAUAAAAACACCUGGAAAUUUUGCGUUUUUGGAAGUAAUAUCUACAUUCAAAGGAAAUCUUUAUAUUUUCAACCUUACAAUUUGUUAUGAUGAUAAAACUUGUGGAUUGAAGUGCUUUCAACUGACAGUAAUUGUGCCUUUAAUUGUGGCUUUAAAUAUUGUUGAAUUCAACUGACAAUAUUUGUGCCUUUAACUGUGGCUUUAAAUAUUGCUACCAGCCUUUUAUACUAAAAUAAAAAAUAAUUUAUCUUUAGUUAAUUUUUGCUGAAAA